CCUCCGCUGCGACGAAGAGAAUCAUCAGGCAGAGCGGGGGUGGGGCGGGGCGCAGAUGGAUCUAGAGAGGUCACCGCCAGCGUCGUCGGCGGAGGCGCCCGGGGACGGCGGCGGGGGCGGGGCCGCGGCCUGCUCAAUCUGCCUGGAUGCGGUGCUCGCCCGCAGCGCUGGUCGCUCCGUCGCCAAGCUACAAUGCGGACACGAGUUCCACCUAGGUCGGAUCCCCCGCGCCGCUGCUGGGCUACGUUUUUUCGUCAUCCGGAUCUGCCUGUGAUGGCCGCCUUGGUCGGGUAGCGUGCGUCACCGGCGUAAUUUGCCGUAAAAGAGGCUGAAUUUGGCGUAGAAGAGGAAUUCUGAUGUGUCGUUUUCCAGGAUUUCAUAGCGUCGUCGACGUGGUUCAGACUUAAUAACGGAGAUGCUCUGACACAUGUUCGGAUGGUGAGCCUGAUGAUGCUGAUGCUGAUGGGAGUGAAAACUGCACGUGUAAGAGCAAGUAGUGCUGUUCCUGCAUAAUUGGAGCUCCAGGUUGACUUGCGAAUCCGAGGCUUGGAUUUAGCGAUUGUAUUGGGUCUGCAUUCAAUGCAAAAGGAGCGAUGCAAUGCCCUAACUGUCGGAAGAUUGAGAAAGGUCGCUGGCUUUAUGCAAGCGGACAUCGCGCCUCUGUUGAUAUUGAUAUGGGUGGCUGGGUGACCAGUGACAACUAUGAUAUCACCUCCGAGCUUCCUUUUGGAUUUCAAUGGUGCCCCUUUAGUGGAUUCACCCGGCUAGCAUCCAUGUUUGAGGAGCGUGAAGCUGAGCUUACUUAUCACACAACUGGAGAUCGCUCAAGUGCUGCAAGCAGUUCACUUGUUUGCCCAUAUCUUGCCCUGCGUGGUUUUCUGCAUCCUGUUCAUGUGCCUUCUACAUCUAAUCCUGGUGCUGAAAGCACUUCAUUUCGUCGGCAUGCAACUGGCUUGGAAGGCCAUGCCACUCUUGAUUUGAAUAAUGCUCAACUUUUCCAUGCGAUUGAGUCAAUAAAUCAUGACAGUGAGCACAGACAUUUGAGUAAUCUUCCUGUAUCAGGAAUUCCUGAGUAUUCUAUGACUCCAUUUGGUAUAGGACUACCAAGAUAUGACAGUGGCAGCCAACAGAGAUUCAGAUCAUAUGCACAUCAUCAUCCCCUAAUCCAUAGGCCAGCACCUCGCAGUGGGAGCAAUUUGGUGGCACCACCAUUGGGGUCGGUUCCAGCUGUGGUGGCGGCGGCGGAGACCGCAAGAGGCAGCCACAUGUACCAACGCUCGUCCGUGCAUGGCAGCCCGUUCCCUCCUACCACCACUAGAAGGGUGAGGCCGAGAGCCUUGACGAUCACAUCGUUCAUCGCAGCGACGUCCUCAGGUGAGAUCGGAGGCCCCCAUGGAUUCUCCGCUCCUGGAGCCGCCAUGAACAGGAGCGUCUCUGACGCUGAGGGCAUCUCUAGACCCAUUGACCGGCCGUACAAUGCAUGGGGCCGGGAGGGCUUCGCUCCGUUCCCCUGGAUCCCCGCUGAAGGCGAGUCUCACUGGUGGGGCACCUUCAACCCUGUGCAGAACCAUGCGCAUGGAGGCUUUAGCAGAAGGCCUGCUGGGGAGCGGAUGCCGCCGCAGAGCCAAAGCCACCCGGAGAACAGCUAUCAGGCUGUGCCGCCGUCACAGAGGAUGCCGCCGUUCUUGUGAUUCGACAAGGCUGUUCCUACGUCCGAUCGCUGUGUAUAAAAUGAAGUAUUCGGUUCGGGGCCUGAGAGAGCACAUUGAGCGAAGAUCGACUGCACUGCAGUCUCCAGCGUUGGGACCUGUGUGAUGUUUAUGCCGCUGGUAUUUCAGCGCUUUUCUUUUUCCCUCCGGUCCAGCAGCACUCUGGUUUCAUUGAGCGCUGUAGACUGUCUGUCCUAACUGAUGUUGUGUUGCGUUGAGGAGGACGAUUUGGAAACGUGAGCCGAAGCUGAACUGCAUCUCUGGUCUCCGGGACUAAAAAAUGCCGUUUGCUGCUAUGAAAGUUGUAUCGAUUUGCGACCGCAGGUCGCCUGCAAAUUUGUUAGAACAGGUGAAAUUUAGUGAACACAAAUGUUGGAGACCUGCGGCGUUUACAUUUUUUUUGUUGGUUACCGAGAUUGUAUUUAAAGGUCGUGAUGCGCCAUCAAGCGAUUGUGAUGGAUCAAUUUAUCUCCCUAUUGUAGCAAUGGGUUUUUUUUGAAACCGAUGGAUGUAUAUGUCACUAGAAGUAAAUACCAGACAAAUAUAGUUGUAUCCAUGCU